GUUUUCCUCCCUUCCUCCUACCGACCACAUACCAAGGUGACUGUCGUCACUUUCUCCCGCGCCACGCCACAGGCGCGAUUCACUGAGCACACAAGAGGAGCGACUAUAAGAGAAAAGGAGAUCGAUUGCAAGAGGGGCUGAAGGGGAGGCCAUCGACCAACACCAAACCCCAACAACGAAAGAUCAGGGUGUCGAGGCGACACCGCAAGAGCCUGGAAGAAAUGGCCUACAACUCGCCGAACAGGUCGACUCCCGGCUCGCAGGAGUACUACUACGAGGAGAAAUACGCGAGUCCAUCACCAACGCCCUCGCCCCGCGGACCACCGUACUAUUACGCCCAAACUCCGCAGAGACCGGCAACGCGCGCUCACUUCCGCCACCCGAGCAGCGGCGCCUUUGACUAUGGCACUCCUCGCACGCCGUCAUUUUCGCCUCGGUACACGAGCGAUGGUCAAUACGCCACUGCAAAUGUGAGUUCAACGCGGUCUCCGCGCAAGCACCACCACACUUAUUCGGUUCCGCGUGUUGCGCGCGAGCGUCGCCACUCAACUUCCUACUAUCGGGCCUCAGACUCCCAUGGGGAAUCCGACGAGGACGAGUACGUCGAGAUCAACGGCAUCACUUAUGUGCUGCCCGCGCGAUCGAGGUCGAAGCGAUACAGGGAAUAUACUGUCAACGCUGCUGGACUUGAAACUGAUCACCGCUACUAUCCACAGGGCGGCCACUAUCUCGACAGGGAGUCGGCAGGCUACAACUCACCCCGGUACGAGCCCGAUCGCCGGCCGGCCGCACCAGUAGGACAUAGCCGUCGCAACUCGACCUCGGUUCCCCAGCGUCCGCAAACUGCCCGACCAGGAAGUUCCCACAAGAAGGCUCCACCACCACCCCCGAAGGCGACCGAGGCCGACGCCAAGAGGCACAGGAUCCCCCCCGGAUACUCCCUCAAGAACUGGGAUCCCACCGAGGAACCCAUCAUGCUCCUCGGCAGCGUCUUUGACGCCAACUCCCUCGGGAAGUGGAUAUACGACUGGACCGUCUACAAGCAUGGACCUGCCCAACCAAUGUCGGACAUGGCUGGCGAGCUGUGGCUCCUCCUCAUCCAGCUAUCCGGAAAGCUGAAGCGUGCCGAGGAGGUCGUCCCCCGGAUCCGGAGCGCCGAGAACAAGGAGAUGGUCGAGGACUUUAUCGAGUCUGGCGAGCGCCUGGGCGACAAGCUCCGCAAGCUGCUCAAGGCCUGCGAGGCGCCCAUGCUCAAGUCCGCCAAGAAGAAGGAGGGCCAGCUCGGCAUGAAUGCUGGUGUCGAGUUCGUCCUCACCCUAUUCGGCCGUGAGCGCGAGCUGGAGAAGACGGAACGCUUCAUGGCCAACGUCCGGAUCUGGAGUUUGCGCUUCGACGCUAACUGCGAGGAAGUCCUCAAGAGGCCGACUAUGUAAAACACACAAAUCAUCCUUCUCCAGGAGCACAUCCCCUCUUUCUGCCAGGUCUCCCCAGGAUUCUCUCGGUAACCAUCUGCCGAGAACCAGCAAACCAAAAAUCCCGGGAUAAGCACAUCGAGGAGCCCGAAUUGUACGAUAUGGUCGCGCGUUUUCUUGGGGUCGUUCAGUUAACCGGAUGGACGGACAUGCAUGAUUUUCCUAUCUGGAGGCUUCUCUGCCUCCUUUGCCCUCAAUAAUACAGUCAGAUAGUCGGGGAGCAAUCCCGUGGGCGGCCGUCUUUUCCAGGUCUUUCAGAGAUACCCAACAUUCUCUCUUAUUUCCGGCGCGCACUGCGGG